UAUCGGAGUCCACGAGAGUCUAACGUGACUUACGGGACGUAUCAGAAUGACUUCUGAGUGAAGCGGUUCCUGAGAGAGGAGCCAUUGAACGCACCACAGCCGCUGGACGGAGCCAGAGACCGGCUGUGAAGACCCGGAGCGGACCGGACCCACCAGCCUGACGGGCACCGGUCAUAUGAGCAGACAGCACCACUGCCCGCCCAGUUAGUCCCGGUCUGGUUGCCAACAGGCGUUAGCUGUGAGCUGGUCGUUAGCCCCGUAGCGUUAGCAGCUAACCUAGCUUAGCUGUUAGCCACCAAGGAAGCGCUCCCAAGAUGAGGCUGAAAGUUGGAUUUCUUAUCCGGAGUUUGCUUUUUAUUGGCAUCUUUCUUGGAUUGCUGGUGCUCUGGUCUUCUCUGUCACCGAAAGCCAACGAUGAAAGUCCCUUUGAGAAGCGGGAUGAUGGUGUGCUGCCCAAAGGAGACCUAGCAGAUCAGUUUAAGCCUGUGGUGCCCUGGCCUCAUGUGGAAGGGGUGGAGGUCGACCUCAACUCCAUCAGACUCAAACAUGGUGGGGCCAUCAAUCCCCAGAAUCCUGACCAGCCGAACCAGAAGCAGGUGAUCCAGCAGCAGUAUGUGACAUUCAAGCCCCACACACAAGCCUACACCAGCCCCGCCCUGAAGAAAGGUAUACUGGGUAACUUUGAGCCCAAGGAACCUGAGCCUGAGGGGGUCCCUGGCGGCCCUGGAGAGGGAGCCAAGCCGUUUGUCCUGGGUCCAGAGUACAAAGAUGCCAUCCAGAGUUCCAUCAAAGAGUUUGGCUUCAACAUGGUAGCUAGUGACAUGAUCUCACUGGACAGAACCAUCAGUGAUAUACGCCAUGAAGAGUGUAAGUACUGGCACUAUGAUGACAGACUGAUGACCUCCAGUGUGGUGAUUGUCUUCCAUAAUGAGGGCUGGUCUACAUUGAUGAGAACAAUCCACAGUGUCAUCAAGAGGACUCCCAGGAAAUACCUGGCUGAGAUAGUCAUGAUAGAUGACUUCAGCAACAAAGCCCAUCUGAAGGAGCGUUUGGAGGACUACAUUAAGCAAUGGAACGGUCUUGUAAAACUCUUCAGAAAUGAGAAGAGAGAAGGACUGAUCCAGGCCAGGAGUAUCGGAGCCAAGAAGGCCAAUAAAGGACAGGUGCUGAUCUACCUGGAUGCUCAUUGCGAAGUUGGAAUCAACUGGUAUGCUCCACUAGUUGCUCCUAUUUCAAAAGACAGGACAGUAUGUACAGUCCCACUGAUAGACUAUAUAGAUGGUAAUGAGUACGGUAUGGAGCCCCAGCAAGGUGGAGAUGAGGACGGCCUGGCUAGAGGAGCAUGGGAUUGGAGCCUUCUCUGGAAGAGAGUACCGCUUAGCCAGAGAGAGAAGGCCCAGAGAAAACAUACCACCCAGCCCUACCGGUCUCCAGCCAUGGCGGGCGGUCUCUUUGCUAUAGAGAGAGACUUCUUCUUUGAGCUGGGUCUGUAUGACCCAGGACUGCAGAUAUGGGGAGGAGAGAAUUUUGAAAUAUCGUACAAGAUCUGGCAGUGUGGUGGCCAGCUGCUCUUCGUACCCUGCUCUCGUAUCGGACAUAUUUACAGACUUCAGGGAUGGCAAGGCAACCCUCCACCUGCACAUGUUGGAUCGUCACCCACUCUGAAGAACUAUGUUCGUGUGGUGGAGACAUGGUGGGAUGACUAUAAGGACUACUUCUACGCCAGUCGUCCUGAAACUCUCACUCUAGCCUACGGAGACAUCAGUGACCUUAAACGCUUCAGGGAGGAACAUCGAUGCAAGAGCUUCAAGUGGUUCAUGGAGGAAAUAGCAUAUGACAUUCCACUGCACUACCCUCUGCCUCCUAAAAAUGUAGAAUGGGGGGAGGUUCGAGGCUUUGAAACAAGUUACUGUAUUGACAGUAUGGGACACACAAAUGGGGGCAAUGUUGAAAUAGGACCUUGCCACAGGAUGGGGGGCAACCAGUUGUUUCGUAUCAAUGAAGCCAACCAGUUGAUGCAGUAUGACCAGUGCCUGACGAGAGGAGGUGAUAACUCAGCUGUCAUCAUCACACACUGUGAUCAGAAUCAGCACAAUGAGUGGAAGUACUUCAAGGAUCUCCACCGGUUCACUCAUGUAACAACAGGGAAAUGUCUCGACCGCUCCGACCUGCUCCACAAAGUCUUCAUAUCAGACUGUGACACCAGUAAAACCACUCAGAAAUGGGAGAUGAACAACAUAGUGGCUGUCUGAAGACUUAACAACUCGCACAAAGAAAACCACUGGAAGAAUGAAGGGAAAUAUGGUGACUGUAUGAGGACAUAUACACACACACACACACACACACACACACACACACACACACCAAGAAAUACUUCCAUACUUUACGUUUACAGAUAUAUAAAGCUGAUAAUGUCCUUUUAUAGAAAAUAUGUUUUUGAUAGAAGUCAGUGUCAACUCCAACAUGAUGGAAUCAAAAUUGUCCAAUUUAAAGAUACUGAGUAUCGACUAUUAACAGCUUUAAACCAAAACUGUUGGUUGGUACCAUAUGGUCAUGCAUUAUACAGACACAUAGACACUCCAGGUGGCAGCAGAAGAACUGGUUGGUUUGGAGGCUGAAGCUAUUGGUCCUCCGAAUUACUUGUUGGAGUAACACUGAACUGGAAACAUGUUGGGCUCUGUCUCUGUCCUUCUGUCUCUGUCCUUCAUAGCGGUUUUGUUUACACAAUUUCUCUAUAUCUGUUCUUUUGGGCUCUCAGGUCUUUUCCAAACACCUCCAUUGAUUUAUGAAACUAAUCCAAUCAACUCUGACUAUUGAACCAUCAUGCUCUUAAUAGACCUUUUCAUCAACUGUUAGUCAAACUGAUUAGCUCACCGACCAAAGAAUCCUUGUUAUUGGUGGAGGAUUCAAUGUAGGUGUUUUAACCAAGUGUUGUACAUAUGCUGGCUGGCAUAAUGCUUUCUUUUGUCUACAAGUCAGGUUAAGAUGGCUUUCGGCUUUAAAGGGAAAUUUGGGGCACCUUAAAUAUGGAUGUCUAAUCACUGUUGAUGGUAAAUGUAGUACAUUGAAGCAAUAAGUUCCUCAGUGGAUGCUAUAUUGACAGAGAAUUCUGAGUUCUCCAGGGUUCUCCUCCCCUGCGGGUCUUGGUUGUCUCUUCCAGUUUAUCUCCAGAAUGUUGACGUUCUCCAGUGAAAACCUCUCAUACAUGGUAAUGCACACAGUCUCGCCCUCUGCAACAACAUCCAACAAAAGCUGCCCAUGCUGACUCAUCACAGCACUCAUUGGCACCACCAGUUGGUGUUUGCACCCGGCAGCUUAGAUUCUGGAGGAUCCCCGCCAGCCAUUUCCUCCCCCUAAAGCCUCGGCCUCUCUACGCUGCAUUUCUUCGUUCAUAUACUCUGUCUUGAAUAAUUCCGGCUGAAUAUCCUAGUCAGCCUGUAGUUUCUUCAGUCUGAGCACAGGAUGCAGGAAAAACAACCGAUUUGCAGCUCCAAACUCAGCAUUCUAGGUCUACAGCAGGCACUAAGGAAUCAACUACAUUAACCAUCAACACAGAUUGGACAUAUACACAACAAAAAAGAUGACUGUUAACAUGUUUCUGAUCUAUCCUGUUUGGUCAUCUGCGUCUUUAAGAGCCUAAUUGGCCAAUUUCUACAGUGAGAUGUAUUUUAAGCUCUUAUUGGCACAUGUUGAAUCGGCUGGACACUGAAAUAUUAGCAUACUGAAUUGUAUUUUUCUUUCCUUUUUUUUACAUUUGCACUCCAGAGUCUUUGAAAGGCCAUUUUUAACAUCCCGAAUUAAAGGGCCACCUCCUAGCUUCAAGCUAAUACAGCAGCUUUAAAUUGGUUAAUGAACAAGCAGGAUUUAAUUCACCACACCAUAUCAAAAGCCUGAACAGCACAAAAAAAAUCAUAAGAAAAUAAAGCAAGCAUCACUUGUGUCCCCCUACAUAAAACAACAAGCGUUGUUUUCCCUAGAACCAUAUCAAGGUCCACAUCUGAAACCAUCAAACCUAGGAUAUGCCUUCAAAUGCACAAUAGCAUGAAUAAAAGUAGCUGUUCUUUAUAAGUUCAAUCCGAUUGGCUGCCAUUUACUUCUAUUGCUAUUUCAAUUUGGCUUGAAUUCAUUUCAUCAACUUCUACAGACAUCGAUGAUCUGACUGAUUGAGGACUUAUGAACUGCCUGCCUUACUGACAGUGUUGAUGAGUAAUUCAGUAGCUGACCGGUAGUCUGUGAGUAACUGCCUGUGUGAAAAUUAUUUAAAAAAAUACACUGGUUUGUUGGGUGGGGAAUAAUAACAGUGAGAAAUACUUAUUAUCGGGAAAACAACAAAUGAAGAAAAUGUGUGUUUAUUUGUUUUUGUUUUUGCAAGGGUAGAGGGUUUGGUGUAUGGAUGAACAUGUAUGCAAUGUUUUGUACAAUGUAAAUAGAUUUCUUUGUAAAGACGAUCAUGGUGCAUUUUGUGAAGGGCCUUGAAUGAUGUACAUAUCUAACUUAUAGCAGAAAUUUAAUAAUAUGGGGUGAAAAGGGGAUGAUCGAGCAAAUAAAAGACCUGAUUUUUACUACUAA